ACCAUGUCCUCUGCAUACCAUAUGUCAGAUGUCUUCGAAACAUGUUGUUCGUUAGUGUUUUGUUUUGCGUGUUGGAAGCGGUGAGUGUGUGGCCGUGUGUAAUGUGAGUGUGCAGUGUAAUUUCAAAAGUGUUAACUGGUAGCCACAGAACUCAUAGAUAGAAACAACAGAUUUCAGUAAAUAUAGGGCACUGAAAUGAACUAUAACGCUUCAGCAGGAGCAAGACAUCCUGCAAGCAGGAAAAAGCACUAUGUUAGUGACAGUUCUGUUACUAGCUCACCGGCACCGAACUAUCCACCACCGUACAAUCCGUAUGCUGCAAGUCCUCAAGGGCCAGUCCUGCAACCUGGUGUCAGUCCGUACAUUGACACAAGAGCUUCCCCUCCUCCAUAUGGGGCACCACCAGGUUACAGUCAGCGGCCCAGUUAUUCACCAAUGGAUGUGGAUCAAGGGUACUCUAUACCUAGCCAGUUUCUUAAUGAACCACUGGUUGCAAAUGUUGCUAUGCAAUAUGGGCAGGCAUUGGUUGGAUCAGGAAAGCAAAUUGUUGAUAGAGAGCUGGAGAAAUAUGUGCCUGUUACAAGACUGAAGUAUUAUUUUGCUGUAAACACAGCUUAUGUAACAAAGAAGCUUGGAUUGCUGUUAUUCCCCUUCUCACAUGGGGAUUGGUCUAUAAAAUACGAGCAUGAAGAACCAGUUGCACCAAGGUAUGAAGUUAAUGCUCCAGAUUUGUACAUACCAACUAUGGCAUACUUGACAUAUGUUGUUGUUGCUGGUUUGAUGCUGGGCACACAGAACAGGUUCAGUCCAGAAAUGAUUGGUAUUCAUGCAAGCUCUGCAUUGGCGUGGUUAGUUGUUGAGAUUGUGGUUGAGAUGAUAACACUUUAUGUAACCAGCAUACAAACAAAACUCAAAACUUUAGACCUGGUUGCAUUUGGAGGGUACAAGUAUGUUGGGAUGAUUUUUGCAAUGCUCCUCAGUUUGGUAUUUCAGAAAACUGGUUAUUAUGCUGGACUGCUAUAUUUUGGCUUAUCAUUGGCAUUUUUCUUGGUCCGUACUUUAAAGGUUCAAGUGCUACCUGAAGUAAAUGGACCUCAGCAUGAUCCAUAUAGGACCACAACAGGAAACAAACGAAGAAUAUAUUUUUUGUUAUUUAUGGCUGGUAUUCAGCCUGUAUUAAUGUGGUGGCUUUCUCAUCAUCUUGUUGCACCACCUGCUCCAAAACUGUAACACCCAUCUUUUUGAUCAGAAACAGCACUUCCAAAUAUUGUGUUUCUUGAUAAAUAACUAUGGCAGCAGGGGAAGGAAACAUAUUUAUUAUGUGAUGGCAAAGGAAGUGGAAAAAAUGAGUUGAAGGUGUGGCUGUGAUACUGAUAACAGAGUUGUGAGAAAACAGCAGCUUGUGCAGUUCACUGUUAAUGAGCAACUUGUGUUUCCUGUAAAAUGUGUGCAAGUUGACAUUCGUUAAAUUUUGCUACAGUAUAUUACUAAGUUUCUGAAUACAGUGAUAAAAGAGAAUUAAUAUUCAGAUGAAACAAACAAAAUAACUAAAAGGGUGCUCAAAAAAUAUAUUAUUUAUGAAUUGGAGAAUACUGUCCUUGGUAUCUUCCUCCUGUGUAUAGGAGCACCAUUUGGAUUUUCUAGAGACAAUGUACAUCUGACAGCUUUUAUUUCAUCUAAUCUAGUGUUUAUAAAAUUUCUCAUUAUGUGCUGAAAGCAGCCCAAUUCACAGCAGUAAAUAACUGAAUAAAAUGUACUUAGCCCUAAAAAUGCAAGUCAGAGUACCUAUUUUUGAAUACAGUUUUUAUGUAACUAAGGACACUUGAGCUAAAUACAGGUAUAUGUGUUACUGCAAAGCAAUAACUUAUUAUGAUUGUCUUGUUAACAGGGGGCAGAUAAUUUGAGGAUAAAACAUUUUUUGAAAAAGAUUCAUUAUGCAACACAGUUUAAGUGACUAAUUUUAACAGUGUCUGCAGUUGCUAUUAGCUAAAAUUUUGUACUUGUUAGGUCAGUUAUGUGAAAAAUUAUUUUUGUAUACAAUUUUAGUGUGGUUACUUACAAACAUAAUGAGAAAGAACACUUCUUGUCCAACAAUUAUGUUUAUUUGUAUUCAGUUUCAAUAAAAG